GCGGAGCCGCACCUGGAGCGCCUGCUGCGCGAGAAGUUGGAGGGACUAGUCAAGCUCCGGACUGUUCGGGAAGCGCCAUCGGAAUGCGUCUGCCCUCCGGGGCCCCCUGGACGGCGUGGCAAGCCUGGAAGAAGAGGUGAUCCCGGUCCUCCAGGGCAAUCAGGACGAGAUGGCUACCCGGGGCCACUGGGUCUGGAUGGAAAGCCGGGACUUCCCGGCCCCAAGGGAGAAAAGGGUGCACCAGGAGACUUUGGACCCCGGGGAGACCAAGGGCAGGAUGGGGCUGCUGGGCCUCCAGGGCCCCCUGGGCCUCCUGGGGCUCGGGGCCCUCCUGGCGACACAGGAAAAGAUGGACCCCGGGGAGCACCAGGCCCAGUGGGUCCCAAAGGAGAGGCUGGACACGACGGUGAGACGGGCCCAAAGGGACCUCCAGGGCCCAAGGGUGAGCCCGGCAUUCCUGGAAAGAAGGGGGAUGACGGGGCGCCAAGCCAACCAGGGUUCCCUGGACCUCCAGGGCCCAAGGGCGAGCCAGGGAGCGUGGGGCCACGGGGAGAGAAGGGCGUGGACGGUGUCCCAGGGACAAAGGGGGAGCCCGGCCAGCGAGGAGCCGAUGGAGCCUCAGGGCUGCGGGGUCCCCCAGGCCUCAAGGGUGAGCAAGGAGACACAGUGGUGAUUGACUACGAUGGCAGGAUCUUGGAUGCCCUUAAGGGUCCUCCCGGCCCACCAGGGCCUCCAGGAAUCCCCGGAGCCAAGGGUGAGCUCGGAUUGCCCGGUGCCCCCGGAAUCGACGGAGAGAAGGGUCCCAAAGGACCAAAAGGAGACCCAGGAGAGGCUGGGCCAACAGGACCCAAAGGGGAAGCAGGCGAAAUGGGCCUGUCUGGCCUUCCGGGUGCCCAUGGCCCCAAGGGGGAGAAGGGAGAGCCGGCACCUGACAGCCUACGAGAGAGCCUGGCCCAGCUCAUAGUGGAGCCAGGGCCCCCGGGCCCUCCUGGUCCCCCAGGCCCCAUGGGUCUUCAGGGAAUCCAGGGUCCCAAGGGCUUGGAUGGAGCAAAGGGAGAGAAGGGCGAGUCAGGGGAGAGAGGCCCCAGCGGCCUGCCUGGGCCAGCUGGUCCACUAGGCCUUAUUGGGCUGCCAGGAACCAAAGGAGAGAAGGGCAGACCCGGGGAGCCAGGACUAGAUGGUUUCCCUGGACCCCGAGGAGAGAAAGGCGACCGGAGCGAACGUGGAGAGAAGGGGGAGCGAGGCAUCCCUGGCCGGAAAGGAGUGAAGGGCCAGAAGGGCGAGCCGGGACCGCCAGGACUGGACCAGCCAUGCCCUGUGGAAAAUCCUAAAUGCGGAGGCAAGCGAGGGGCACCGGGCUCGAAGGGCCUGGCGAGGGGCAGCGGGCCCUGCCCUGCGGGCACUGACGGGCUGCCCGUGCCUGGCUGCUGGCAUAAGUGAUCAGAACCCAGCUCACUGCCUGUACAGAUCCAUGUGGACAUUUUUAAUUUUUGUAAAAACAAAACAGUAAUAUAUUGAUUUUUU